AUGGCAGAAGCUUUUAUUGGCCUCGGGGUGCAUGUCGAACUUAGCAAUGGCUCUUCUUUAGAGGGAACUGUGUCACAUAUCGAUCCCCAUACACAAUUACUAACUCUUAAAAACGUAAAACUCGACAACAAAAACACUGGUUGUAUUCAACAGCUUGCCAUAUAUGGUGUACCUGGGACAGACAUCAAAGAUCUUCAAAUUCUUUCGAAUCAACAAAGUACAUUCCAGCAAAAACCACCGGAGCAACCUUCUCAAAACAAUGUAAAAAAUGCAGAAGAUGCCAAAUCAUAUUCGAAAAGCAACACUCCUGUUUUAAAGAACAUUUCUGCACAUGAGAUAACUCAAAAUAGAGUACUCCCCACUGCUUUACUGCCCAAUUCACCAUUUACUGAUCCAGCGAUAAUUUCGGUUGUAUUCUCACGGGCCUUCGACAUCACAGCACCAGUCGAUUUCUCCGGCAAGUUCAUACGAUUUGGAAAGCAACUUCAUUAUCAGCAAAUUGUGCAAGGUCCUCAUACCCCUCCGAAAACGAUUCAAUCUGGAUCAACGGGAGAUAGCGAUUCAAAGUAUGAAGAGGAGAUACAAUCGAAUACUGGUAAAUACGAAAAGAAUUCAAAAAAUGCACCCAAUGUUAAUAAUCAUCAUGAAGGUGAUUCAACUGGCGCCGAAUCUGAUAAUGCUGUAUUUAAAAGAAAUACCUCGAGGAGGAAAAAGAAUAAUGGCACAAAUGGUUAUUAUCAGAACCAUAGAAUUCCACAAUCGCCUGCAAGGCGACCCAGACGAGGUCGUCGCCAAAUGCAUGAAUGGGCGGGAGGUGAUGUCAAUGAUUUCAAAUCCGAAGAGUUUGAUUUUCAGGGUAAUCUUGAUUUAUUUGACAAGGAAAAGGUGUUUGCGGAAAUUAGGGAAUUGGAUUUAACUGCACCUGAAAGCCUCCUUGUUAACAUUAAUCGAAAUCCAAAUUAUCGUACGAAUCAUCGUAACGGUUAUUAUUCAAAUCAAAGUUUGCAGUCAAAACUUGCGUCGCAUGAGAACGUUUUGGAAACUUCGUCUCGUAAAGCAAAAUUUUAUUAUUCAGAAGAUGAUGAAGCAGCUAAUGAUGCGGAAGUGGAUUCUGAUGAUUCGUGGAAAAAAAAAAUGAAAACGAAUGGAGUUGGUGAUCACAGAAAGCCCAAGAUAAGAACAUUGACUGGAGUUGUUUGUCCAACUGUUCAGCCUGCACAGAUGCUGGAAGUUGAGAGAAUUACGGCAGAAGAAACAGGUCCUAAUGAAGAUCAGAUGAUUGAAAAUGCUGGAAGAGGUGCAUCUAUGAUGUGCCUCCAAGCACUUGGAGGUUCGAGUCGCAUACAACCGCAUAAUCAUAAUGCAGCCCCAUUAGUUGUAAUACUUGCCGGAAACAAUAAGACCGGUGCUUAUGGUAUCGCUACCGCCAGACACCUGGCAAACCACGGCUGUCAUGUAAUUGCCUGUAUUGUCGGCAAGGAUAAUGACUUACUUGAGAGUGUAGCAUAUCAGCAAAAGAUUUUGCUUCCAACCGGCGGUAAAUCUGUGAAAAAUGUUUCAGACCUUCCGCAGCAACUUACCAAUCCCGUGGACCUUAUUGUUGACGCUCUACUCGGUUAUCAACUUACUCUUCGAGAUAUAGCCGAUGAAAAUGAGAAGCGCUUAAUUUGCGAUUUAAUGACUUGGGCUAAUCUUAAUAAGGCACCUGUUUUAAGUUUAGAUAUGCCAAGUGGCAUUAAUGGGAAUACUGGUAACCCAGGUAACUCUUUACAUAUUCAUCCCAAGUGGACACUCUGUCUUGGGGCUCCUAAAAUUGGAUGUAGAUCUCGUGCAGUAACAGGCGAGCUGUUUUUGGCUGAUAUUGGAAUUCCACGAAUUUGUUGGAAGAAAAUUGGUGUAAAAGGUUGGG